UAAAUAGUGAACUUACCUUAUUAAAGACCAAAUUCUGGGCCAGAUAGAGAGCUCAAGUUUGAAGCUGAGAUGGUCUCCUCAACAUGCAUGGUCUUUUUCUUGGUCCUCACCCUGAGUAAUGCAGAAGACACAUGUCCAGGUGGCGGAGAGCAAUUGACCAUACUUCGAGGAUGUCCUGGAGCCGCAGGUGCCCAAGGAGAUAAAGGAGAACGUGGAUCACCAGGAGAGAGUGGUCCUCCAGGAAGUCCAGGAACUGCUGGGCCACCAGGGAUAAAGGGAGACCCAGGUGCUCCAGGGCUUCAGGGACCAAAAGGAGAUAAGGGAGAUCCAGGCUCUCCAGAAGCUUUAUAUACUGCACGGGACUGCAAAUCACUGCUGGAGAAAGGUUUUACCUUCAGUGACUGGUACAUCAUAUAUCCAGAUGGAAACCAACCGCUAGAAGUCCUAUGUGAUAUGCACACUGAUGGAGGCGGCUGGAUUAUUUUCCAGAGACGUUACGAUGGCUCAGUUGAGUUUCAACGUGAUUGGGCGUCUUUCAAGAUGGGAUUUGGCAGCCAUCUAUCUGAGUUCUGGCUGGGGAAUGAUAAUAUUCACAAGAUCACUUUAUCGGGUAAAUGGGAGCUGCGUAUUGAUCUGCAGGACUUUGAUAGUGUAAACUAUUUUGCUAAAUACAGUUCUUUUAAAAUCAUGGGAGAGAGCGAGAAAUACAAGCUGGUACUUGGAGAUUUUACCAGUGGUAACGCAGGAGAUUCUCUGUCGUAUCAGAAUGGGAUGAUGUUCUCCACCGUGGACCAAGACAAUGACCACGAUAUUAAAAGUUGUGUGGAUUUGUUUAAGGGAGCCUGGUGGCAUGAUCAGUGCCACCAAUCCAAUCUCAAUGGACUGUACCUACCUGGGAAACAUGAAACCUUUGCUGAUGGAAUUAAUUGGAAUUCAGGAAAGGGUUAUAAUUACUCCUACAAGAGAUCUGAGAUGAAAAUCAGAUCUGUGAAGUGAAAGAAAGUGCUCAGAACUUGAGUUGUCCUCUUUUCUGAACAUCUAAAAAGUCUGUCUAGAUGUUUCUAGUUUAUCUGUUACUUCGGAAAGCUGGGUGACAACUAACAUGGCCAUUGUUAUAUCUACUGUAGGGGCUGCCACCCAGCUAAUUUCAUAAUCUGCUUAGUUCUGCAUCAGCUUGACAAAGGGGUGAAUCAAGGCUUGUAUUUACUGCUGAUUGUAAGGGAAUUACUCAUUAAUGAGGUUUUCAAGGAGGCAGCGAGUCCCACAAACCCAUCUUUAUUACACUAAGCACACACGUAGGAGAAAGUUUGUAAUAUACUUACUGUUCUAUAGUUGUGUGGAUCAGCCUCUCAGGAACCCAGUAACAUAACACGGGAAAAUCCUGCUCCUGCCAACUUCACAUCCUUUACCAGGCUUCCAGACUUCCAGCUGGGCUACGGACGGGUCGUUAGUCGUUACGUCUACGUUGGAUGGGUCCAGAACUUUUCCUGUCCCUGGCUCUUGUGCAGAUGAGGCAGAUUGGGAAGUUUGAGCAUUUUCCAAGGAGAACAAUAGUUCUGGCCCCAACCAGAGCCAAAGGGAUCCUGGCAAAAGGCAUGAUAUCAACAAUCAGAAACAGGAAUUUCAGAGGAGUAAC